AAAAAACAAUUUAUAUUAAGAAUGAAGAUUAUAAUUGAUUUAACAAAGGAAAACAAGUAUACAGAAGAAAUCAUUGAUCUCACAUAUGAAAUCAAUAACAACAGCAAUAACAACAACAUAAACAACAACAUCAUCCAUAUAAAUCAAUUCCAACUUAAUUUAAAGAGGAAUCUUAUGAUUUAUAUCACUGAUUUGGAAGAUUAUAUUUUCAACAAAAUAUUAGAAAAUAAAAAAAAUAAAUUUUCAACAUUAAUUACAUAUUUUACUUUUUCGCGUCUCACCAGCAGAUUCGAAUGUAAUUUAUGUGAAUGUUUCACAAUUUCAUUAUCAAACAAAAAGGUUGGACAUUGUGCAACCUCUCAUAUUAAUGAGAAUUUGUCAUAUUUAGGAGUAUUGAUGGGAACAUCAUCCUCACUCAAAAUGAUGGCUAUCUCAGCCGGCCUGUGGCUGAACUGCUCAAACAAUAAAUAA